UUAUGUAACAGACUGUGUGUGGUUUUAUUAUUAAGGCUAAUGUGGUCAAGCUGCAGUCAGUACUUUGGCUAAUGUCUAUUGUGUAGUUGGUUUCUGUGUUUGAGAAACUAUUGUUUUGCGGGCUCAUUUAUGAUACUACGUCUUAUUUUGAAAAAAAAUAAUAAUAAUAAAUAAACAUAACUCAACAGAUCUCUGCUGACACACUUGUACAGUAGCGACUGUGUGGUCACGUGGUACAGACACGCGUCUCGCGAUCCGAGCUGAGGUUAUAAAACACACCAGUUGAUACAGAUAGUUACAAUCGUCCGUCUGAACUUUAUCACAAUUAGUGUAGUCAUGUCUUUCUGUUCGUUCUCUGGAGGGGAGUUUUAUAAAGAUCAUUUUGAGACUGGCAUGUAUGUUUGUGCCGAAUGUGGGCAUGAGCUGUUCUCCAGCAGGUCCAAAUAUGAACAUUCAUCACCCUGGCCAGCCUUCACAGAAACCAUCCAUGAAAACAGUCUGUCUAAACAUGAGGAGAGAUGGGGUGCUUAUAAGGUUAAAUGUGGAAAGUGUGGAAAUGGUCUUGGCCAUGAGUUUGUGAAUGAUGGACCCAAACACGGCCUCUCACGCUUCUGAAUAUUCAGCAGCUCUCUGAAGUUCAUUCCUAAAGUCAAGAAUGAACAACAGUAGAGCCAGAUGUUGGAUAUGCAUGUGAGGAUGUUUAAGUAAGAGCGUAUGAGAAGCUCGGAUGUGUUUUCCGUGUGGCUGGUGUAUGAAAGGCUCUGAUGAAAAGCCCUCAGAGGAAUGAUCAGAGCAAUGAUGUAUAAACCGUCUCAUGGGAAACGUGAAGAAGCUUACUCCCAAUAACUGCUACUUCCAAUAAAUACGUACAACUAUGCAAGAUCAGAUCUUUUAUAACAUACACAAUAUACACUACGGUUCAAAAGUCUGGGGUCAGUAAGUUGUUUUAAUGUUUUUGAAAGAAGUCUCUUAUUAUGUUCACCAAGGCUGCAUUUAUUUGAUCAAAAAUACAGUAAAAACAGUAAUAUUUUGAAAUAUUAUUACAGUUUAAAAUAACUGCUUUCUAUUGUAAUAUAUGUUAAAAUUUAAUUUAUUCCUGUGAUGCAAUGCUGAAUUUUCAGCAUCGUUACUCCAGUCUUCAGUGAUCUUCAGAAUUUUUUUUUUUUUAAUAUGCUGAUUUGAUGCUCAAGAAACGCUUCUUAUUAUUAUCAGUGUCGAAAACAGUUGUGCUGCUUCAUAUUUUUCUGGAAAACCAUGAUUCGUUUUUUUUUUUUUUUCAGGAUUCUUUGAUGUUCAAAAGAACUGUAUUUAUUUGAAAUAAAUAUAAUUUGUAUUUAAUGCGUCCUUGCUGAAUAUAAUUUUAAUUUUUUUUAAAUAAAUAAAAACCUUACAGACCCCAAACUUUUAAAUGGUAGUGUACAUUUUAUCUUAGUUUGCCUGUUAUAGAUAAAUAGUUACCUUUUUAAGUAAAUAAUCUGGUUACUUGAUAACAUAAGAAUCACAAAUGCUGACUUUCUGCAGCCCCGCUUGGUCACGCAGAGAUAUUCUUUUAGAUAUUGUUUAGCACAUUUACCACUUGAAAUAUUUUAUGCAUUAACAUAUUUAUAACAAUACAAAAAGAUGCAAACCACUGCUGCUGUUUCUGUAGAUCACUGUUUCAGUCACUGCAGAGAUUUCAAUCACUAAACAUUGUCUGCAUGUGAACUUCUGGAUUUUUCUGCUGCUACAUAUUGAUGGCAACCCAAGAGAUGUUCAAAGUCAAAAUUCCUCCAUGAAGAUCUUCUUUUAAAUGGGGUUAAUAAAUAAAUUGUUUAUAUGUAAUGGAGCAUGUUGAUACUUUGAACAUACAUUCAUAGUCUAUGUAGAGGUCAGUAAAAGCAACCAGGACUGCAAAAUAAAUAUUUCUGUUACUGUU